AUGCUAUUAGAAAACGAUAAUUUUCUAUUGGAAUUAACAAAAUUAUUUCAACAACAACGUGUUAAAAAUUCUGGUUCAUUAUCAUUAAUAAUGAAACGAUACGAUGGACGAACGAAACCAAAACCAAAAUUAACAAAAAAACAACGUCUUGAACAAAAAUCAUCAUCAAUUAGUCAUCCAACAACUCAUGAAACUGUUGUUGAAUAUAAAUGUCUUGUACGUGCAGUAUAUGGUUCAAAAAAAUUAUCAACUAUUGUUUCAUCAAAAGAUAUAAAUCGUUUUCAAUUGGCAUAUUCAAAUUUAUUAAAAGCAAAUAUGGAUACAUUGAAGAAAAAAGCUAAAGAAAAUAAAACAACAGGUCAAACAUCUACUAACACAAAUAGUAAUACUCCAUUAUCACCAAGGAUGACAACGGCAACGACAACAACAGCAACAACAAUAGCAUCAUCCUCAUCAUCAUCUGCUUCUAAUCAACAAAAGAAAACACCAACAACACCAGCUAAAAGAAAAUAA